CUCCCACCUUCCGCCGCCGCCGCCUUGAGGGAAGUCGGAGCGACGGGGGUCACGGCGGGGGUCAGAGGGUAAAGGUCUUGCUCCCAGCAGCCUCCGCGGUGGAUACGUCGCCAUCUUGGAUCCGCGGGACAAGAAAAUUCAUGCGAGGGAGAACUGGUGGGCGGUCCUUCCUGUGACACGACCCUUGAGUGACAGUUCUAUUUGAUUGCCUCCAGUACUGUGAGGAAAGGACAAGACUCUAUGGUGAGGACUGAUGGACAUACAUUAUCUGAGAAAAGAAACUACCAGGUGACAAACAGCAUGUUUGGUGCUUCAAGAAAGAAGUUUGUAGAGGGGGUCGACAGUGACUACCAUGACGAAAACAUGUACUACAGCCAGUCUUCUAUGUUCCCACAUCGGUCAGAAAAAGAUAUGCUGGCAUCACCAUCUACAUCAGGUCAGCUGUCUCAGUUUGGGGCAAGUUUAUACGGGCAACAAAGUGCACUAGGCCUUCCAAUGAGGGGAAUGAGCAACAAUACCCCUCAGUUAAAUCGCAGCUUAUCACAAGGCACUCAGUUACCGAGCCACGUCACGCCAACAACAGGGGUACCAACAAUGUCACUUCACACGCCUCCAUCUCCAAGCAGGGGUAUUUUGCCUAUGAAUCCUAGGAAUAUGAUGAACCACUCCCAGGUUGGUCAGGGCAUUGGAAUUCCUAGCAGGACAAAUAGCAUGAGCAGUUCAGGGUUAGGUAGCCCCAACAGAAGCUCGCCAAGCAUAAUAUGUAUGCCAAAGCAGCAGCCUUCUCGACAGCCUUUUACUGUGAACAGUAUGUCUGGAUUUGGAAUGAACAGGAAUCAGGCAUUUGGAAUGAAUAACUCCUUAUCAAGUAACAUUUUUAAUGGAACAGAUGGAAGUGAAAAUGUGACAGGAUUGGACCUUUCAGAUUUUCCAGCAUUAGCAGACCGAAACAGAAGGGAAGGAAGUGGUAACCCAACUCCAUUAAUAAACCCCUUGGCUGGAAGAGCUCCAUAUGUUGGAAUGGUAACAAAACCAGCAAAUGAGCAAUCCCAGGACUUCUCAAUACACAAUGAAGAUUUUCCAGCAUUACCUGGUUCCAGCUAUAAAGAUCCAACAUCAAGUAAUGAUGACAGUAAAUCUAAUUUGAAUACAUCUGGCAAGCCAACUUCAAGUACAGAUGGACCCAAAUUCCCUGGAGAUAAAAGUUCAACAACACAAAAUAAUAAUCAGCAGAAAAAAGGGAUCCAGGUGUUACCUGAUGGUCGGGUUACUAACAUUCCUCAAGGAAUGGUGACGGACCAAUUUGGAAUGAUUGGCCUGUUAACAUUUAUCAGGGCAGCAGAGACAGACCCAGGAAUGGUACAUCUUGCUUUAGGAAGUGACUUAACAACAUUAGGCCUCAAUCUGAACUCUCCUGAAAAUCUCUACCCCAAAUUUGCAUCACCCUGGGCAUCUUCACCUUGUCGACCUCAAGACAUAGACUUCCAUGUUCCAUCUGAGUACUUAACGAACAUUCACAUUAGGGAUAAGCUGGCUGCAAUAAAACUUGGUCGAUAUGGAGAAGACCUUCUCUUCUAUCUCUAUUACAUGAAUGGAGGAGACGUAUUACAACUUUUAGCUGCAGUAGAGCUUUUUAAUCGUGAUUGGAGAUACCACAAAGAAGAACGAGUAUGGAUUACCAGAGCACCAGGCAUGGAACCAACAAUGAAAACCAAUACAUACGAGAGGGGAACAUAUUACUUCUUUGACUGUCUUAACUGGAGGAAAGUAGCUAAGGAGUUCCAUCUGGAAUAUGAUAAAUUAGAAGAACGGCCUCAUCUGCCAUCCACCUUCAACUACAACCCUGCUCAACAAGCCUUCUAAAAAGACUUCCCUUUUCUUGGGGUAUGGCUGUCUCAGCACAAUACUCAACAUAACUGCAGAACUGAUGUGGCUCAGGCACCCUGGUUGUAAUUCCUUGAGGAUCUGGCAAUUGGCUUACGUAAAGGGUCACCAUUUGAGGUCCUGCCUUACUAAUUAUGUGCUGCCCAACAACUAAAUUUAUAAUUUGUUUUUCUCUAGUUUGAGCAGGGUCUGAAUUUUUUCAUUUAUUUUCAUUUUUGCCAGCAGACAGACUUGGGUCUGUAAAGACAAGCAAGUACACUGACAGAAGUUUACCAUUUAGUUUCUUAUAUGUAAAAAAGAAAACCCACAAAAGACUCAACAAAAUUAGACCACAAAAUUUGCUUUGUUCAUUGUAGCACUAUUGGUAAUAAAAUAACAAAUGUUUGUGCAUUUUUAUGUGAAGAUCCUUCUCGUAUUUCAUUUGGAAAGAUGAGCAAGGUCUGCUUCCUUCAUUUUACUUCCCCUUCUGUUUUUGAAAGGCAGUUUCGCCAAGCUUAAUGCAAGAAUAUCUGACUGUUUAAAAGAAUGAUAUUGCCACAAUCUCUGGAUGGUCUCCAGGGUUGUGUUAUUACUGAGCUUCAUCUUUCCAGAAUGAGCAAAACACUGUCCAGUCUUUGUUACGAUUUUGUAAUAAAUGUGUACAUUUUUUUUAAAUUUUUGGACAUCACAUGAAUAAAGGUAUGUAUGUACGAAUGUGUAUAUAUUAUAUAUAUGACAUCUAUUUUGGAAAAUGUUUGCCCUGCUGUACCUCAUUUUUAGGAGGUGUGCAUGGAUGCAAUAUAUGAAAAUGGGACAUUCUGGAACUGCUGGUCAGGGGACUUUGUCGCCCUGUGCACUAAAGGGCCAGAUUUUCAGCAGCCAAGGACAUCCAUACCCAAGUGAAUGUGAUGGGACUUAAAGAAGUGAACUGAGACAAUUCACUCUGGCUGUUUGAACAGCAGCGUUUCAUAGGAAGAGAAAAAAAGAUCAAUCUUGUAUUUUCUGACCACAUAAAGGCUUCUUCUCUUUGUAAUAAAGUAGAAAAGCUCUCCUCA